AUGAAUGAUGCAAUUCAAAAUGAAUCUGUGACCGACUCAACCUCAACCCAGACAGCAGCUGAACCCAAAAAAUCUCCCUCACCUCAUCCUCCCUCCACACCACCACCAGACCCCGACUCUUACAGAAUGUCAUUUCCUUCAGACAAUCUCGAGAAACCCCCCCGCAGCCCUGACACAGAAAUGUUGCCUGCCCCCCCAGAAAUAUGUUCGGGCAAGCCGCUACUCGAGUCGGAAAUUCAAGAGAUAGGCGAGGAGGAGUUCCUCAGGAAGGUCACCAAAGUCCAGGAUUUUGCUAAGGCGUGUUACCAAUUACGUAUACCCAAAUCGAUCAAACAGGAUGUUGAAGGAAUUGUUACCCGUCUGGAUAGUUUACGAAAAGGAUAUGAGGAGAGUAAAACCCUCCCUACCCACGAAUGCCUGAUGGUCAAGCCUUCCAGUCAACCAACCAUCACUCGGCCAUCUUCGUCUGCCCCACCAAAGCCCAACUCCAGGACCAAAAAGAAGAGUCAUACGCCAGUUGCGAUCACUUCUCACAUAUCGACUUUACCUCCUCAACCCCAUGAAAGCAAUGGUGCCUCAGAGGAACAAUCUCAUCUCCCAGACGAACAUCCCAUCAACAAAGGCACCCCAGAUCGCCCUGAAACCUCAGCUACCAUUACCAAGAAGACCACCCCAGUCACUCUCAAUGCACCCAAUUGUGCAGCCGAAAAGAUUGGAGACCAAUCCUUACCUGAAGAUUCCCAUGACCCUUCCAAGUCCCCCACUACUUUUAAUUCCCACAAAUUGAUUGCUCCGACUCGGAUCUUGAACCGUGGACGCUCUAACCCUGUCGAGGAGUCUGGCCCAUCAACAAACGGCGAUGAUGAAGACGCUCCUACUCACCCCCGAUCUCACAUUGCUUCAUCUCUCACUCCGCUUCCAGAAGAUGAUAAGGCCGAAGACCAGCCAACAGUCCCUAAUCAAGAUGAUCCAAUCAACCCGCCUGACUCUACCGCCAACAACUCACCUUCGCACGAUCACGAGGCUGAGCCUUCCAACAACGACCAACCAUCAACCAUCAAUACCGCUCCAGCCGAUUCAAUCAUUAAUCUGGAUUCUCUCCGUACCUGCAUUUACCAAAUGGCCACAGAAUUUCGGAAAGGACGAGUGACCAAGACCAAGUGGGAGCAAGGGUGGGACGCAGCCCAAUACCUCAUGCAUUUCCGUCUCGACACUCCUCAUGUUACCAAAAUUCCAACAGCUACUUUUGUCUACAACCAAGCCCAGUUCAACUGCGAAAACUGGAUCAAAGAGAUUGUUGAAUCUGCGACAGAAAUUCUUGCUCCUUCGAGUCAUGAGCCAUGGUUUAUUGAGGAUCUUAUCAACUUCACUCUAAUCAAAAAGCAAAUAGCAUCAGAAGGGACAACCAUUGUCAGCGCCUCCCAAUCGCCACAUCCAGAAUUCAAUUUCUUCCGAGCUGUACGUUCCCUGAUCAAACUCCCGCCGCCUCGUAUACUCCGUGAAUGGGCCAAGACUGUUGCACUCUCAGUACAAACCAUAUCGGAUGAAAACCCUAAAGCUCCUGAAAUUCAGUCUGCGCCAUCUAGCCUCAGACGACACGUUAUUGUCCUUACCUGGCUUAACACCUUGAAGAAUACCAUGCCAAUACUUCCACAAAUCACGGACGGUCAACCUGAGGAUGGGAAAGUAACCAACUCCUUGACCACUGCCCCUUCCACCUCUACGGGCGACGCACUAGAUGAUCUUCGAAAGACUAUCAUUGAUAUGAUUAUGUCAUACACCAUCAUUCAAGCUCACUCCGAAGACCAGCACAAUCCCCGCAAGAAACCCAAGACAAAAUCCAACUCAACCACAGUUGCUACCAAGGAUGCUCCUGACCGUAAAUCCCUCUCUGAGAUUGAAAGCCGCCACAACUACUUUCCCUUAAUAUCUUUCCUCCUCUCUGGUGUGCGUGGAAUCUUCAUUUCUACCCGUGAUUACCGACAAUAUAGUAUUAGUCACUGCCUCAAAGUCUUAUCAAUCUUCAAAAGAAUAAUUUCAUCCUCUCAGGGCCCCUCCUCUGCUCACGAGGCUGUAUGGGUUAACCUGGGCAGUUAUAUUCACCAAAUCCUUGAUUCACUAGCUAAGUGUAUUGCUCAUGAUUAUAUUAAUGUUACUAGUAAAGAGUCUGAAUUGUUUAAUAUUCCCCAAAAUGCCACUUAUCAAUAG